GUCGCGCGCGUGGAUGUUCUCGCAAGCCGGUCGGGAAGACUCGCAUGACCUAGUGUGUGACUGCAAAUAAGUUCGACGUUCCUCCGAGGAAAGCCGCGACGAAGCGUCCGAAGCCGGGAUGCUUCGAAUCGUUCAACGAUCGGAUAUUCAACGAUCGAUUCUCGCGAUCUCGAGAUUCUUCGGAGAGUGAUUGCGACGUGCGUGGAACUUGGCAAGAAUUGUCAUCGUACGGAUGAAUGAUGUUGCGUCUCGAUUGAAAGGAGACUUUAAUCUCGAAAAAACCGUGCUCCGAUCUCGCAAGUCGGAUUGCUCGAGUUUUGUGAUCUUCUGAAAGAAAAGAUCGAUCGAUCACAUAUACGUUUUAAAUCUCAACGAUAGAGAUUCUGUCAUUGAACAAGCGCAGAUUCUUCAAUAUAUCUUUUUUAAGAGCGCUUUGACGCGAAUAUAUUGAUAAGGCGACUAAGAUGACGUGGAUUUUUAUACUCAUAGCAGUGAGGAAUGAACGAGCGAUAUAAAAAUCGGGAAAAGCGCGAUAAGAUUCGAUCGUCUGAGUAUGUGAGAAAGAUCGAGGUAACUCUAUGAGCAAAGUGCAGAGUUGUUGGAGCACGUCGAAGAUUAAAGGAGACGCAUUGGAAUGUUAAGGGCAUCGUCGGGCGAUCCUCAAUCGACUCGAGCGAAUGAGCGAAGCGUCUCGCCUUUUCAACGUGAGGAUCGUCGAUGGCAAUCAUGCUGUGCAGGACGAGUCUCGUGAGGUGUAUUGACACCUUCUACGUCGCAUAGACGCGCAUUGUGCCCGCACGGAAGAUGAUGGUCAUCUAAGAAUCCUCUCCGACGUGCGACGAGUCUUUGAGAAUGUGCAGUUCGGUGUUAAAGUGUCGGUGAGAGCGGAGAAACCUCGCAUAUAUCUAUGAUUUCUUCUUUUUCUUUCCUUUAUUGCGCUUUAUCUUACGGGAAAUCCGCACGAACGAUGUCAUAGCCGUCCAAGUGCGAACUGUCUUCACGUCGAACACGAUGGCAUUGUUGUUCGCCAUAAUCGUUAUUUCGAUCACCACUGCCAUGUCGCUGCCGCCGGUCAUUAGAAUCGGAGCAAUUUUUACCGAGGAUCAAAAGGAUAGCCCAUCGGAGUUGGCGUUCAAGUACGCUAUUUACAAGAUCAACAAAGAUAAAACUCUCCUGGCAAACACGACAUUGGUUUAUGAUAUACAAUAUGUUCCUAAAGAUGACUCGUUCCGCACAUCCAAAAAAGCCUGCAAGCAGCUAUCUAAAUCGGUACAAGGCAUCUUCGGACCGUCCGACCCACUUUUAGGUGCUCACAUACAAAGCAUAUGUGAAGCAUUGGACGUCCCUCAUCUCGAAGCGCGGGUCGAUUUCGAGCCCACUUUUAAGGAGUUCAGCAUUAACCUAUAUCCCGCUCCAGAUCACCUUAACAAAGCAUUCAAGGACCUCAUGUCCUUCCUAAACUGGACCAGAGUGGCCAUUAUCUAUGAAGAGGAUUACGGACUGUUCAAACUGCAAGAUCUCGUGAAAUCCCCGCCGUCCGUGAGGACUGAAAUGUACAUUCGUCAAGCGGGUCCUAGAUCCUACCGGCAAGUUCUGCGGGAGGUCAGACACAAAGAGAUCUUCAAGCUGAUCAUCGACACGGAUCCGGCACACAUGCAGCAAUUUUUUCGAGCAAUAUUGCAGCUACAAAUGAACGAUUACAGAUAUCAUUACAUGUUCACAAGCUUCGACAUAGAAACGUUUGAUCUAGAAGACUUCAAAUAUAACAGCGUGAACAUGACGGCAUUUCGCUUGGUGGAUCUCGAAGAACCCAAGGUUGCCGAAGUACUCAAGCAGAUGGAACGUUUCCAGCCAGCUAUUGGUCAUGCCAUCUUGAACAAAACGGGAGUCAUUCAGGCAGAACCAGCUUUGGUGUAUGAUAGCGUGCAAGUAUUCGCGCAUGGUUUGGCAGCUCUGGACCGCAGUCACGAUUUAAGGCCAGCAAAUCUGUCCUGCGAGAAAGAGGAGCCUUGGGACGACGGUUUAUCGCUCUACAACUACAUUAAUGCCGCAGGCUUACACGGAUUAACCGGACAUAUCGAAUUCAAUGAAGGAAAGAGAACCAAUUUCAAACUGGAUCUUUUGAAGCUGAAGAAGGAGGAGCUCGUUAAAGUCGGCGAAUGGAAACCUGGGUCCGGCAUUAAUGUUACGGAUAUGGACGCCUUUUACGAGACCACAGCGACCAACAUUACGCUCGUAGUGAUGACGAGAGAGGAAAAACCCUACGUCAUGGUAAAAGAAGACAAGAAUUUGACUGGCAACGCGAGGUUCGAGGGCUUCUGUAUCGAUCUACUCAAGUGGAUUGCCGGUCAGGUGGGCUUCCAAUACGCGAUCAAAUUGGUGCCAGAUCACAUGUACGGGGUGUACGAUCCUGAGACGAAAGAGUGGAAUGGUAUCGUGCGCGAGCUUAUGGAGAAGAGAGCGGAUCUAGCGGUGGCUUCCAUGACGAUUAAUUAUGCCAGGGAAAGCGUAAUAGACUUCACAAAGCCGUUUAUGAAUCUUGGAAUUGGAAUCUUAUUUAAGGUGCCGUCCAGUCAACCGACGCGGCUCUUCUCCUUCAUGAAUCCGCUCGCGAUCGAGAUCUGGCUCUACGUGCUCGCCGCCUACAUGCUCGUGAGCUUCACCCUGUUUGUGAUGGCGCGCUUCAGCCCGUACGAGUGGAACAAUCCGCAUCCGUGUCUGGCCGAGAGCGACGUGGUCGAGAACCAGUUUAGCGUCAGCAACAGUUUCUGGUUCAUCACCGGCACCUUCCUAAGGCAGGGCAGCGGGCUCAACCCUAAGGCAACUAGCACGAGAAUAGUAGGCGGCAUAUGGUGGUUCUUCACGCUGAUUAUCAUCUCCUCUUAUACUGCGAAUCUGGCGGCCUUUCUGACAGUUGAAAGAAUGAUAACGCCGAUCGAGAACGCCGCCGAUCUUGCGGAACAAACAGAGAUACCUUAUGGUACUUUGGAGGGUGGAAGUACGAAAACAUUUUUCAGAGACUCGAAAAUUGGGAUCUAUCAGAAAAUGUGGAGGUUUAUGGAAUCGAAGACUCCAAGUGUGUUCGUUCAAACUUAUGAAGAAGGCAUAAAGAGGGUCCUGGAAGGCGACUAUGCAUUUUUGAUGGAAUCGACUAUGCUCGAUUAUGCAGUUCAACGCGAUUGCAAUCUGACGCAAAUAGGGGGUCUAUUGGAUAGCAAAGGAUACGGUAUUGCUACUCCAAAAGGUUCGCCCUGGAGAGAUAAAAUAUCUCUAGCUAUUCUGGAGCUGCAGGAAAAAGGUGUAAUACAGAUCCUGUACGAUAAAUGGUGGAAGAACACCGGCGAUGUGUGUAACAGAGAUGACAAAAAUAAAGAGAGCAAGGCUAACGCUCUCGGUGUCGAAAAUAUCGGCGGUGUCUUUGUUGUGUUGCUCUGCGGCCUGGCGCUCGCGAUCUUAGUGGCGAUUCUCGAGUUUUGCUGGAAUUCAAAGAAGAAUACCCAAUCGGACAGGUCCCUCUGCGCCGAAAUGGCCUCGGAAUUGCGAUUCGCCGUCCGCUGCGGCUCCCGCCAAAGACCCGCCGCGAAAUCGCGCAAUUCCGCGGCCGCUGGAUCAUCCUACAGAAGAAGAACGCGUCUCUCUUCCACUCCGGAACACGAGGAGACCACCUACUUACCGAGCAUCGAGUUCCCGCGAUUAAAUGCAGGAGGGUGGUGCGUUGUCGAUGACGGAGAUGAAGAAAUCAUUGAGCUUCGAUCAGGUGUCCCAUGGCGGAAACACCUAGCACAGGCCUCAUCCUCAUCUUCAUCGUCAACAACAGCAACAACAACAGCAGCAGCAACUUCAGCAGCAAUCUCAACAACAGCAACCGUGCAAAGCCACUCCCACGCACAUGCGUCACACACACUGCCACUCACAUUCACACCUACACAGUCACCAUGCGCACAAACACCAAGCACUUCCGCCGAGACAGAGACGGGGCUCUUCGGGCAUCAUCUUGGGUCAAGGAGGUGACCAUCCUGAAAAUAUUCUCUGGAGAUUCGAUUGCGAUCUAGCGGGUGAACCGGAUGUAGUGAUUUCCCC